CUGCAACUCUAAGGAACAAAGAAGCCGUUCAGACACAAAAAAUUCAGACAGAUACGGAGAGGAUGAUGGAGGAAGUGUCAACGGGCACAGGGCCUGUAGUCCCGGCGGUGGCCAAGCGAGAGGCGCCCCCCGCCGUGGCUCAUCCUGCUGAAGAAUCCGAGGGGGUCUCGGCGGAGCUGGACAAGGACUUGCUUUGCCCGAUAUGCAUGCAGACCAUAAAGGACGCGUUCCUGACCGCUUGCGGACACAGCUUCUGCUAUAUGUGUAUCGACACCCACCUCCGCCACAAGAGCGACUGCCCCUGCUGCGCCCACCACCUCACCCUCAACCACCUCUUCCCCAACUUCUUGCUCGAUAAGCUACUGAAGAAGGCUUCUGCUAAUCAAAUAUCAAGAACUGCUUCUCCCGUGGAACAAUUUCGUCAUGCAUUGCAACAGGGUUGUGAAGUGUCGAUUAAGGAGCUGGACACCCUCUUGUUACUCCUUGCAGAGAAGAAGAGGAAAAUGCAACAAGAAGAAGCUGAAAGAAAUAUGCAGAUACUGCUGACCUUCUUGAAUCGUUUAAGGGACCAAAAAGUUAAUGAGCUGAGUGAGGUACAAUCUGAUCUCCAGUUUAUUAAAGAGGAUAUAACUUCUGUAGAGAGACAUAGAAUGGAGUUGUAUCGGGCAAGGGAUAGGUACUCUGUGAAACUGCGCAUGCUUGGAGAUGACUCUAGUUCAAGAAAAUCAUGGCCUUCAUCAGUGGAUAAGAACACUAGUCACCUUAUCUCCAGUUCUCUAAAUGCCCGCAGAGGGUUGGCUGCAGGGAACCUCCAAAAUAAGCAAGUAAAUGAAAAGUAUGGAGUCAUAUCUCCUGGACAGCAGAGAAAGGAUUCUUUACGUGGAUCAGACUCGCAGUGCAUCAAUCAAUCGGGUCUAUCUGUCGCAAGAAAAAAGCGGGUCCAUGCCCAGUUCAGUGACCUACAAGAGUGUUACCUGCAAAAACGACGUCUGUUGGCAAACAAACAACAUAACCAGCAAGAAAAGGAUAAAAGUAUCAUACCCAGAGAGGGUUAUAAUGAGGGUCUUGCAGAUUUCCAAUCGGUGCUGACUACCUUUACACAAUACAGUCGAUUGAGGGUCAUGGCCGAACUCAGGCAUGGGGAUCUAUUCCACUCUGGCAAUAUAGUGUCAAGCAUUGAAUUUGACCGUGAUGACGAGCUGUUUGCUACUGCUGGAGUAUCCCGGUGCAUAAAGGUCUUUGACUUCUCCAUGGUUGUGAAUGAAUCUGCUGAUAUGCACUAUCCUGUUGUCGAGAUGACGACGCGCUCAAAACUUAGUUGCUUGAGUUGGAACAACUUUACUAAGAACCACAUUGCUAGUAGUGAUUAUGAGGGAAUUGUGACGGUUUGGGAUGUAAAUACUCGGCAGAGUGUGAUGGAGUAUGAAGAGCAUGAAAAACGUGCAUGGAGUGUUGAUUUUUCACGUACAGAGCCCUCAAUGCUUGUAUCUGGUAGUGAUGAUUAUAAGGUCAAAGUUUGGUGCACAAAGCAGGAAGCUAGCGUUCUUAACAUUGACAUGAAAGCAAAUAUAUGCUGUGUCAAGUAUAAUCCUGGAUCUAGCAAUCACAUUGCGGUUGGUUCAGCAGAUCAUCAGAUUCACUAUUAUGAUUUAAGAAACAUCAGUCAGCCAGUCCAUGUUUUCAGUGGGCACAGGAAAGCCGUUUCAUAUGUGAAAUUUUUAUCAAAUAAUGAGCUUGCUUCUGCUUCUACAGACAGCACAUUACGGUUAUGGGAUGUGAAGGAAAAUACGCCGGUUCGUACCUUCAGAGGCCACACAAAUGAGAAGAACUUUGUGGGCCUUACAGUAAAUAGCGAAUACAUUGCAUGCGGCAGCGAGACAAAUGAAGUGUUUGUCUACCAUAAGGAAAUCCCCAGGCCUGUGACUUGGCAUAAAUUUAGUUCUCCAAAUGUUAAUGACUCUGAUGAUGAUGUUGCAUCUUACUUCAUUAGUGCGGUAUGCUGGAAGAGUGACAGCCCUACAAUGCUAACUGCUAAUAGUCAGGGCACAAUUAAGGUGCUAGUUCUUGCGGUUUGAUGAGUUAGAAGGAAAGAUGAGAGUAAUGUAAGAGCAAGGGUGAAAUUAUAUUGAAUGUACAUUUUUCUUUUUACCCGAUGAAUGUAAUUUUUUUUUGUAUAUAUAUAUUAUUAAAAUGCGGAAAUUGGUAGGUUUUAGAGGGCAUGGUGUAUAAUUUACAAUUUGUAGGUCACAGUGCAAGUUAAGCGGAAACUACAUAUUUUCUUAUA